AGAGGAGAGGGAGAAUGCAGAGCCCCGGCAGCAGCUGACCCCGGGGGGGGAGCCCGGCCAUGGCCUUCCUGGGGGGGCCCCGGCUCCUGGACUGGGCCAGCUCCCCCCCACACCUGCAGUUCAACCGCUUCGUGCUGACGGGCUACCGGCCGGCCAGCUCCGGGUCCGGCUGCCUCCGCAGCCUCUUCUACCUGCACAACGAACUGGGCAACAUCUACACCCACGGUAUCCCUCUACUGGGGUGUCUCUUUGUGCUGCCGUUGACCAUUCCAUGGGCCCGAAUCUCAGUUUUAUGGCUGGGAAUAGCGCACUACUUGGCUUGCAUCUUUCCACAGCUGGGCAGCGUGCUCUACCACCUCUUCAUGAACCAUGAGGGAGGCCCUGUUGUCUACCAUACCUUGCUCACCCUUGAUAUGUGUGGGGUAUGCAUGGUCAACACCUUGGGUGCUCUGCCAAUCAUCUACUGCACGCUGGCCUGCUCCCCAAUUCCCCGCACUAUCGCCCUGCUAGCCUACAGUGGCUUGUCAAGCUAUGGCAUCUUUUGUGCAGUGACUGCGCGCUCCAGCGUCCGGCGCCUGCGAUCCUUUGCCUGGCAGGCCAUGUUCCGCUUCUUCUUCUUCUACCUGCGCUGGGUGGGACUGGGCACAGGCCACCCUUCCUCUCUGCGUUCAUACCUCAUAAUGGACGGCUUGGCCUUUCUCGGGGGCGUCAUCAACAUCUCGAGGGUGCCCGAGCGCUGGAAGCCGGGCCAUUUUGACUACUGGUUCAACAGCCAUCAGAUUAUGCACGUGCUGGUGGUGGUCAGCAUCCUCUAUCUCCACUGGGGAGUAGUGGCUGAUCUACAGUGGAUCGGCAACUAUGUCUGCCCGAUGGAGUGACAGUCUUGUGUCUGGACCCAGCCCUUCCACAGAAGAACCCCACUGAUUGAGAAGUGGGAGACUUCUGAUGUGUGGGCCAUGAGUUUAAAGUCUUCUACAAGGGCUGAAGUGGAAAUGGAAGUACAUGUGUACAACUUGGAGAAAACCUACUUAGAACAGGGUGUUUUCUUCUGGGCUUAUGGUUUCCCAUUGGUUCAACACACCCACGCAUAUAUAGGAUUUGGAUACUUCUGGGUCUUUAACAAUGGAUUUCCAUUGGUUGAGGUGCUUCUAGAUAAGCUAGUGGUGUUCAACUGUUCUUCCAAAUUACCACCGUGAGGGUAGGCGAUAAGCGGUAUUUGGUUAAUGGUUUGGCUUGCUGACCUACGUUCAUAACUUGUGGGGAGUUGUCAAUUGCACUAGUGAAGGUUCUUUGUUACCUUCAGUCUUUUGCAUCAAUUCUCGUCAGCUGUAGGUCUUCCUGUCAUCGGAGCUAGACUUCCAUUGGCUUUGGUGGUGAUUCAGGAAGAAUACCAUGGCUUGGACAACACUUUCACCUCAUUUGAUGGUGAAAUAUGCACUGGGAGAAGAGGGAUUUAGUAGAAGACGCUUGUUUUGAGUACAGCUUCUCUGCUUUAUAGAGACAAGGUAUUUAAAUAGACUUUUAUCCAGGUAUCUUUCAGACACCAUGCAAUAUUUUCUUAUUUUUUAAAAGGGCUGGUUAGACACCUGGGUAUCAAGGUCUGCACAGAGUGGUGCUGAUGAGGACCUGGUGGAAAGAAAUGGUGGGAUGCAGCUAGCCAGUUUAUUACAGGUGGGAUGCUCUGUAUGCAUUUAAUUUGCUCUGAAAUGACUUGAAGCACUGAACCAGCUCCCCCCCCCCCCACACACACACCACCUCUACCAGAGGGGUAAUUAGGGGCCUUGAAACUGAAUUGGGGUGGAAGUUGAGGAGUCCAGGUUUCCCAUUCUGGUUGUUUUCACCAAAUUUGGGACCAUGGCUUCUUUGCAGCAUGCCUCAGUUUUCCAUUUGUCUCCUGGUGGAGGUGUCUGGGGAUCAACCCUGAAUGUCGAUUCUUGGGUUGCCCCCCCCCCCCCCCCUGCUUCCCCAACUAUACUUUGGCAAGAGCAGGUGCUUUCCAGAGCUUAGUUUAGCAUGAACUUGGAAGAGCUCUUUCUAUUCCAUUUCUUGUUGGCUGUUGCUGCUGCAACUGCAGUAAUCACUAACACAAAAGUGAGCUGCUGCUACCUUCCCCUUUCUUACUGCCCUUCGUUGGCUAGGAUGCCAGUUCCCCUUCUUCCAGACUUCAGUUCACUUCCCUCACUGACCUCUUGAAUUGGUCCGGCUGGUCCAUCCUGAAGAUCUCACUUUUGAGUUCUGUUUCUUAAAUGGAAUCAUCAGGUUGAUUCUUUAUUCUGAAGAAAGUAUUUAACUUGGUUUUAAACUUGGGUCUGUGGUCAGUAACUAGAUUUCUAGGAGGGCUGUUUUCAUAGUCGGGGUGGAAGUUUUGAGGCCCAAAUAGCAUUUUGGCAAGCUCUUUUACCAUCCCUUCACACUCCUCUUGCCCCCAGGUUAGGAACUGGGAGGCCAGGCAUUCCCCUCAGGUGCCUGAAUUUGGCCCAGGACCCUUCAGCUGCUCACCGAUAAUUUAGGUACGAGUGAGGCUAAAAUAAAUAACUCAAAUGAGGCUAAUAUAAAUAACUCAGUACAAUUGAGGCUAAUAUAAAUACGUUUUUUUAAAAAAAACAAAACUAUUUUGGUUGUCAUAGUAGGCCCUAGCCCUCUUCAGCAUCUGGACUCUUGAGGGUUAUGGUGUGGCCCGGAUUUUAAUGUAAGUGGUCCCUUCACAUGGAGCUUGUUUUAUGUCAGAAAUUUUUAAAUCG